GGGGGGGGGAGAGGAGGGACAAAAAUGGGAAUAGUACAACCAGGGAAGGUUGGGAGAGAAGGCUAGGCCGUGGGAGGAAGCCCACAAGGCAUCCAAGUUGAACAAACUGAGACCUAAAGAGGUGAAGUGGCCAGUCCAAGGUCACAUGACUAGUAAAAAGCAGUUUUGGCGCUGUGUGAAAUAUAUAAGGCCGAGUAGGCAGGACUCUGCUUUCCAUAGAGGUGUGUUAGCUCCAUGGAAAUGCUUAAUCAGUUGCCUGUCGGGUACCUGAUUGUAUACUUUUUGACGGCUCUACCUGGAGGAAGGCUUCACUCUUCUGUGGAAUUGCCCGUUUUAUUGGUUCAGGCUGUGUGAGGGUCACCUGGUGUAAAGAGCAUACAUUUCACAUUGUUUCUGUUUAUUUUGCCCAACCUGUGAUUUCCUCAGUGUAAAAAUCCCUCCACCCCUGCUGGGAGGUAACUCUUUUGCAACUAAGUCUUAGAGAGUUGCCUAAAGCACCAGGGAGUGAUGGGCUCAGAAUCACAGAGAGCGGGUCAGACUCGGGCCUUCUGGGUUUUCCCCUUCUCUGAGCGUAACACAGAAAGGAUUUCAGCCUUGGGGUAUGCUCUGCUUUCACAUCUAGCACUGAAGUUUUAUUUGCCCCACAAACCACUAGGCCCAUCAUCUGACUUGCUACCACGGCCCUUCUACCCAAACUGGGUACCUGUAUCUGUUGUGCAGUGCAGAGAGAGACGGCUUCAAGUUCUCGGUGUUACUCGUUGAAAAGUCACCUCUAUAACUAUUUAAUGAACUGACUUUCGGGGCCUCAGUUUCUUCACCAGUAACAUGGGGAAGACAACCAUGGAGCCCUUAGUUUGUGACACUGUAUUCCUGAUCAGAGACCUAAACUCCACCUCCAAGGAACAGCAGCGAGGACAGUGUGCCAUAGGGCUUAGUUGGCGUCGUAAGGCCUAGUUAGAGCACCAGCUCGACCCCUGCCUCGCUGUGGAACUUUGGGGUCAAUGUUUGUUUCUGCCCUCUGAUUUCGUCUCUAGGAAACAGUAAGGGGUGGGGCUGGGGUGGGGGGGAACAGAAGAGGUCCACAGUGGUUUCCAAGGUUCCCAGAACCCUAACAUUCUGGGUUCUCUUUAGAGAACUUUCACCACUACUUGCUCAGGAGCGAGGAGUGGGGAGUCACGGAGGCCUCCUCCUGCUGCUGGCUCUUCAGGUAGGCCAUUUUCAGGGCUCCCAAGAAACAGGAAGGAUUUAAAACGGAAUGGGGAGUGACUGGGAAGGAGCAGGCCAGAAUGUGGGCACUGGCAAGGCCAUUGGCUUGGUCAGUGUGUGCCAUUUUUGGGGCCCGAGGGUUUCCUUCUACUGGGUGUGCAGGGGCCUUCACUGGACCUCUUCAUUGGUGAUUCCUUAUGGUUUUCAUGGUCCUCCCUUACAGUUUCAUUUUAUUUUAAACAGCUGGGAGUAGAGAUUAUGAUUCCUAAUAAUUCUCUCUGUGAACGCUGACUGUGUACGGCCUUCAGCACACACAGCAAGAGAAGUGGAAACUGGAGACAGCGCCAGACAUCGUGAACUUGCCGAAAAGUUGCAGAUUUGUACACACCCUUCUGCACCAUCACCACAAAGCAAGCAUAUCCUUAUCUAAGAAAGAAGAACGAUCUGUGAGGUUUGUUCGAGAGGAGAAAGCUUAGCCUGGGAGAAGACUCCAAAGGUCCCACAGCCAACUUCCAAGCCUGCUGAGGCAGCAAGAGAAGCUGCCUUUCCACUGAGCGAAAAUGUUUACCAGGGGCAAAAUGUCCAAGAAGAAGGAGGAGGUUGGGAGUAAAUCAGUGGGUGCCACCAAGAAGGAGCAGAAGGCAGCCAAGAAGCAGGAGACAAAAUCGGAGCCUCAGGUGAAAGCUGAGGUUAAGAAGCAAGAAGAGCAGAAGAAGCCUGUCCAGGAUGAAGAAGCUAAGAGUGGUGCUGCUGCCGCUCCUUCCACCAGCACUGGCCGCCGUCGCCGUGGCCGCCCCCGUGGUUCCACCAAAAAGGCUGAUGGCCAAGCUGGGGCCCAAGGCCAAGCCGGAGCCCAAGGCCAAGCCGGGGCCCAAGGCCAAGCCGGGGCCCAAGCUCAAGCCGGGUCCCAUGGCAAAGCUGGUCCCCGCGGCCAAGCUCGCCAAGAGGGCACUGCCAGCUUGGGCACCAGUUCUGGCUCCCAGAGCCAAGCUGGCCCACAAUUUGCUCAACCAUCUGUGAAGCUUCCACGGGGGAAGAAAGGGAUGCACAAGUACGACAAUAAAGGAAGGCUGACCCUGAAUGGCGAAGACCUCUGUGACUGCCUGGAUACUGAUUGCCUGGGAUGUUUCUACCCAUGCCCCGAGUGCCAGUCCACCAAGUGCGGGCCCACCUGCCGCCGCAACCGCAAGUGGAUUUACGAGGCCAUUACCGAGGAGGGAGGAGAAGUGGUCAGGACCUUCCCUUUUCCUCAUGCUAAGUAUUAAAGGAGUCAGAAUUUUCCUGUGACUCUUCCUCAGAGUCUCUCUUCUGCAGUUUAUGAAAUGGAAAAAAAUAUAUAUAUAUAUAUUUACACAUAUAUAUUUAAAAUAGUUAUAAAAUUCCAUAACAGAAGAGUAUAUAUUGUUAAAUUCAGAGCAUAUAAAAAAGAAUAAAAAAAUUUGUGAAGUUAA